ACCAACCACUGCUACAAAUCAUGCAUGCGUGCGUACAUGCAUGCAUGCAUGCACGCAAGUCCCAAGAACUACAAGAAUGCAGGAAAGCCAAAGAAAGGGCUGCCAAUACCUGGAUCCCGGAACGAAGGGGAGGGGGAGCGGAGAGGGGGGCGGGAACGAACAAUGGGAUUCUUAUUGUUCUGGUUCCCCUUCCCUCCGUCGGUCUUGUGUGAGCCCCUCCUCCCCUUGCCACGCGGACCUAUUUGCCCGUUUUGCUUCCGAUCUGGGUUUGGAGCGUGACUCACACACACGCUCACACACACGCUCGGACAGCGAGCGCGCGAAAGAGAGACAGAGGGGACUUUGCGAGAAGUUACCGGCGCCGUGGGUUCCGCUGCCCUCGCAGAUCAUUCCGUGCUCGGACACGCACGCUUCUGUGGAAGGGGACAACAAAGAGGUGGCUUGGUUCACGUCAACCCCCGAUGGUGGCGCAUUCCUUCGGUUGACAGCACCACAAGCCACAGCUCCCAGCCUUUUGGUCAGCAAUCCUUUUGAUAGGAAUGUCCAGAGCAGGGUGGUGUGGCGAGUGACUCUCCAUGUUUCCCGGGCAGCUACAUAUUCGUCCUUUUGGCAAGGACGCGGCCACAUCUGUCAGGUUUCAUGACGCCGUUGCAUACUUGUUUGAGUGCUUGUGGAAAAGACUCGUUCGUUGGAGGUGGUUGAAGCAGGCCCUCUUGCUGCUGUUAUUUCUGCUGCUGCUGUUUUUUCUGCCUCCUUGCAGUGCUCACUUUGCUCCUUUUGUGAAACAGUGUCAUCAUGACCUUUGCCAUUGCGCACCCGGCUCGGCGGCUCUCGGUCAGAGCCAGCCACAA